AUGCCUCACCUUCUGCGCAACAUUCGCAGCAUCAUCUGCAUUUUCGAAAAGUAUGCCAAGGAUGAUGGGGACUGUAAUACCUUGAGCAAAGGAGAGCUGAAACAGUUGAUCCAAACAGAGUUUGCUGACGUCAUUGUGAAUCCGUAUGAUCCCAAGACGAUUGAGACGGUGCUCCAUCUGUUAGACACCGACUGUGACGGCAAAGUGGGUUUUGAAGAAUUUACAGUCCUGGUCUUCAAGGUGGUCAAAGCCUGUUAUAAAAAAGUCCAGGAAUGCCAGGGUCCAGCAGGUGGACCGUUCCAGCGAGAUAACCCCAACACUCAGCAGCGGGACAUCCCACCUCAACAAGUGUCCACCGGUGGACCAUCCAAGCGAGAUAUCACUAGCACUCAGCAGCGGGACAUCCCACCUCAACAAAUGUCCAGAGAUGGACCAUCCCAAAGAGAUACCUCCAGUACACAGCAGCGGGACAUCCCUCCUCAACAAGUGUCCAGAGAUGGACCAUCCAAGCGAGAUAUCACCAGUAAACAGCAGCGGGACAUCCCACCUCAACAAAUGUCCAGAGAUGGACCAUCCCAAAGAGAUACCUCCAGUACACAGCAGCGGGACAUCCCACCUCAACAAGUGUCCAGAGAUGGACCAUCCCAAAGAGUUACCUCCAGUACACAGCAGCGGGACAUCCCACCUCAACAAGUGUCCACCGGUGGACCAUCCAAGCGAGAUAUCACUAGCACUCAGCAGCGGGACAUCCCACCUCAACAAGUGUCCAGAGAUGGACCAUCCCAAAGAGUUACCUCCAGUACACAGCAGCGGGACAUCCCACCUCAACAAAUGUCCAGAGAUGGACCAUCCCAAAGAGAUACAUCCAGUACACAGCAGCGGGACAUCCCACCUCAACAAGUGUCCAGAGAUGGACCAUCCAAGCGAGAUAUCACCAGUACACAGCAACGGGACAUCCCACCUCAACAAAUGUCCAAAGAUGGACCAACCCAGAGAGAUACCUCCAGUACACAGCAGCAGGACAUCCCACCUCAACAAAUGUCCAGAGAUGGACCAUCCAUGCGAGAUAUCACUAGUACACAGCAACGGGACAUCCCACCUCAACAAAUGUCCAGAGAUGGACCAACCCAGGGAGAUACCUCCAGUACACAGCAGCGGGACAUCCCACCUCAACAACUGUUCAGAGAUGGACCAGCCCAAAGAGAUACCUACAGCACUGAACAGCGGGACAUCCCACCUCAACAAAUGUCCAGAGAUGGACCAGCCCAAAGAGAUACCUCCAGCACUCAGCAGCAGGACAUCCCACCUCAACAAAUGUCCAGAGAUGGACCAUCCAUGCGAGAUAUCACUAGCACACAGCAGCGGGACAUCCCACCUCAGCAACUGUUCAGAGAUGGACCAGCCCAAAGAGAUACCUCCAGCACUCAGCAGCGGGACAUCCCACCUCAACAAAUGUCCAGAGAUGGACCAUCCCAGCGAGAUAACAUCAGCACACAGCAGCAGGAGGCCCAAACCUCACAAGUGUUUCCUCGUCCUUGCCAGCAGCUUGUGCCCCCUAAGAAAAUUUUAGAUGCAGAGGAACUGACUCAGGAACAGGAGAGAGAGAGGACCAGAGUGGAGACCAGUUAUGACGAUCAGGAGCAGAACCCCUCAGCCCAGAUCAAGAAGCAAGUCAAGAUGUUCUUCAGAGUGUUCCCCAGCAAACAUCCCAACAACGUCCAGUGGAAGAGUGGAGCAGCACACGUCAGGAGGAAGGGACCUCCCACCUCAACAAGUGUCCACCGUGGACCAUCCAAGAGAGAUAUCACCAGUACACAGCAGCGGGACAUCCCACCUCAACAAAUGUCCAGAGAUGGACCAUCCCAAAGAGAUACAUCCAGUACACAGCAGCGGGACAUCCCACCGCAACAAGUGUCCAGAGAUGGACCAUCCAAGAGAGAUAUCACCAGUACACAGCAGCAGGACAUCCCACCUCAACAACUGUUCAGAGAUGGACCAGCCCAAAGAGAUACCUACAGUACACAGCAGCGGGACGUCCCACCUCAACAAAUGUCCAGAGAUGGACCAUCUCAGAGAGAUACCUCCAGUACACAGCAGCGGGACAUCCCACCUCAACAAAUGUCCAGAGAUGGACCAUCCAAGCGAGAUAUCACCAGUACACAGCAGCGGGACGUCCCACCUCAACAAAUGUCCAGAGAUGGACCAUCUCAGAGAGAUACCUCCAGUACACAGCAGCAGGACAUCCCACCUCAACAAAUGUCCAGAGAUGGACCAUCCCAAAGAGAUACAUCCAGUACACAGCAGCGGGACAUCCCACCUCAACAAGUGUCCAGAGAUGGACCAUCCAAGAGAGAUAUCACCAGUACACAGCAGCGGGACAUCCCACCUCAACAAAUGUCCAGAGAUGGACCAUCCAUGCGAGAUAUCACUAGCACACAGCAGCGGGACAUCCCACCUCAACAAAUGUCCAGAGAUGGACCAUCCAUGCGAGAUAUCACUAGCACACAGCAGCGGGACAUCCCACCUCAACAACUGUUCAGAGAUGGACCAGCCCAAAGAGAUACCUACAGUACACAGCAGCGGGACGUCCCACCUCAACAAAUGUCCAGAGAUGGACCAUCUCAGAGAGAUACCUCCAGCACUGAACAGCGGGACAUCCCACCUCAACAAAUGUCCAGAGAUGGACCAUCCAAAGAGAUACCUCCAGCACUCAGCAGCGGGACAUCCCACCUCAACAAAUGUCCAGAGAUGGACCAUCCAUGCGAGAUAUCACUAGCACACAGCAGCGGGACAUCCCACCUCAACAACUGUUCAGAGAUGGACCAGCCCAAAGAGAUACCUACAGCACUGAACAGCGGGACAUCCCACCUCAACAAAUGUCCAGAGAUGGACCAUCCAUGCGAAAUAUCACUAGCACACAGCAGCAGGAGGCCCAAACCUCACAAGCAUUUCCUCGUCCUUGCCAGCAGCUUGUGCCCCCUAAGAAAAUUUUAG